AUGUUUCCUCCUAAAAUCUUUCAGCUGUUUCCAAAUUACAAGAACCUCAUCGUUUUCUCUAACUGCGACCCUCGCUUUCAUUACCUUGAGAAUUUCACUUGUUCAAAUGGGGGGACUGGUUCAGUGUAUCACAAUGAACAUUACUACCAGUCUUGUCGAACAAUCUCGGAUGUUAUUGUUCCUGCAGGUUUCAUACCUGAAAAAGAAGCCUGGAAUUUGGAAAAUGUAUUGAGAGAAGGAUUCGAAGUGAAGCUCGAUAUCAAUGAGAGACCAUGUAAACAAUGUUUAAAAACCGGUGGGUUUUGCAGUUUCGACAAGUUUGCAAAUCAGUUUUGCUGCAAAGAAGACUUUUCUUUUUAUCCUAACAGGAUAAAAGAGUUCUCCGGUUCUUUACUUGGAAUCAAAUGCAUAAAAACAAGUUCUGGUGAACUCCCAAAGUCUUCGGCUGGAGCUGAUCCAACUAGCUCUACUUAUCUCUUGACGGGUUCUAGAGUGUUAAUCCUCAUUAUAUGUUUGACAUUAUUGAUUCUAUCAAUGCUCAUAUACUUUCUGAACAAGAUAGAAGCAUUAGAACAUCCAAGAAUAGAGAAUUUUGAGGAACUUAUACCGCUGAAACGAUAUAGCUACGCUGAGGUGAAGGAAAUAACAAACUUGUUCGCUCAAGAAAUCGGGAGAGGGGGAUAUGGAAUUGUAUAUGAAGGAAACCUUUGUGAAGGGCUCAAGGUUGCAGUAAAGGUCUUAAAAGAAUCCAAGAAAAAUGUUGAAGAUUUCAUUAACGAAGUGGCGAGUAUGAGCAGAACAUCCUAUAUCCACAUUGUUUCUCUGCUAGGCUUCUGCUACGAAGGGUCCAAAAGAGCAAUUAUAUAUGAAUUUGUAGAGAAUGGUUCACUCGAUAAGUUCAUAACGAGCCAGCCCUCCCUGCGCAUUGACCUUGGAAAGAUGUAUGAUAUUGCACUCGGAGUUGCAAGAGGCCUUCAGUACUUGCACUAUGCUUGCAAGACAAGGAUUGUUCAUUUCGACAUAAAACCACAGAACAUACUGCUGGGUAAAGAUUUCUGUCCCAAGAUUUCUGAUUUUGGACUCGCCAGGCUCUGUGGGAGUAAAGAAAGUGUCUUGUGGAUGUCAGAGACAAGAGGGACCAUCGGUUACAUCGCACCCGAAGUGUUUUCAAGAAUCUACGGGAGAGUCUCUCACAAGUCAGAUGUGUAUAGUUAUGGAAUGUUGGUACUUGAAAUGAUGGGAGCAAGAAAUAGGAACACUGUAUCAGACAGCAACAGUAGUUCAAUGUAUUUCCCAGAUUGGAUCUAUCAGGGUCUUGAAAAGGGAGAUUGUAAAAGGUAUCUAGAAGAUCAGAUAACAGAAGACGAAGAUGAAGAGUUUGCAAGGAAGAUGAUUCUUGUUGGAUUGUCGUGUAUUCAAGCAUGCCCAUCAGAUCGCCCAUCGAUGAACAGAGUUGUUGAAAUGAUGGAGGGAAGCUUAAGUGCUCUUGAGGCUCCUCCUAAGUAUCUUUUGCAUUUAUCUGCAUCUCCUAUGCCUCCAUCUGCACCUGAAGAUAAAAAUUCAAUCUCCUUCGAGGAAAGCGCAUGAAAAAUUCAUCACUAUAGUAUAUAUAUAUAUAUUAAAAGCAAUUUAUUACAAAACCAGUA